AUGGUAGAACUUAGGAACAUCAGUGAUAUGCCUCCCAAGCAUAGCAAGCAAGCUCCCGGAACUUUUAAGGGAGACUAUACUGCUAUUCAGGAGUUUCUGGAUGAGUAUGAGAGGCUGUGCAAGAAGAACAACAUGAUGGAUGAUGCAGAGAAAGUACAGACUAUAAGGGGGUACUGCUCAAGAAGUGUGUGGGAAGUAAUGGAGGGAAUGGAGAAUUACCUUGUCCCUGACUUGGAGGAGUUCAAGAAGGAGGCAUUGCGAAAGUGGAAUGAUGACAAGAACAAUCUCAAAUUUGUUGAGAAGGACCUUGAAGAUCUGGGAGUUGUCAAGUUUCAAGAUGGACAUAUAGUGCAAAGUGAUGGAUCACCUAUCAUGUGGGGUUUCCAAGAACCAAUAGUGAGAGCAUUGGAGAGAACCUUCCCUCAAACAAACCUGGUAACUAUACCAUAUGAGGCAGACUUCUUAGAGCCAGAAAUUACAGAUGCUGAAUCGGAGCCAGAGACAGAAGAUGAUGAAGAUUAUGAAGCAGCAGUAUAUAUGGCUCGCAAAGGACUGCAAAGUGGAGACAGAAGCCUGAGAAGUUCCAGGAAGGAGGUCAAGCCAUAUAAUGCUGACAACAGCCAAUGA